AUGGAUUUCUCCAACCUCAAAGACCAGGUCAGCAACAUGUCCUUGUAUGACCUCAAGGCCGGUGUUCGUAAGGUGCAGAACGGUUCGUAUGCAACCAUUCCUCGCGCAACUACCCUCAGAAUUGCGCGCACAUGCAGCCAGUACACCAGACGCAAUGCUUACUCAAGCCAGGUCCGGGAGGCUACGAACAAUGAGCCCUGGGGCGCCUCGACCACGCUGAUGCAGGAGAUUGCCAAUGGAACACACAGCUACCAAUUGCUUAAUGAGAUCAUGCCUCUCAUUUACAAGCGCUUCACCGACAAAGCGGCCGAGGAAUGGCGCCAGAUCUACAAGCUACUCGAAUUCCUUGUCAAAAACGGUUCCGAGCGAAUCGUCGACGAUGCCCGAUCCCACCUGUCCCUCAUCCGGAUGCUUCGGCAAUUCCACUAUAUCGAUAUGAAUGGCAAGGAUCAGGGCAUUAACGUGCGCAACCGAUCGUCCGAAUUGGUGAAGCUUUUGGGUGAUGUCGAUCAAAUUCGCGCCGAGCGAAAGAAAGCCAAGAACAACCGCAACAAAUUCAGCGGAUUCGAGGGCGGCAUGGGUGUCGGUGGCAGCGGCGGAAUGUCCAGCUCUGGUCGAUACGGAGGCUUUGGCAGUGAUAGUAUGGGCUACGGCGGCUACAGCGGAGGUGUGUUUGGAGAUGGCGGCGGCUUCGGCGGUCAAUCCCCCAGCGAUUUCCAGGACACCGGACGCCGGACCAGCAAGUUCGAAGAAUAUGACGAGUAUGAUGAAGGGGAUGCCCCCGCGCGCUCUCGCGAGCCUGCCACUGCUGCCCGAGCGAAGGCCCCGGCAAAGAAGCCGGAACCAGCUCCUGCACCUGUCGCAGACCUCUUUGACUUUGGUGACGAUGAGCCUGUUACCACAACUUCAACCGCCGCCGGAAAGCAACCCGCUGGCAGUGCCCUCAACAUGCUUGACCCAACACCAGCUGAUGAUGAUGACUUUGACGACUUCCAAUCUGCAACUCCUGCUCCCCAGCCCACCCAACCUUCGUCUAACCAGUUCGCUAUCCCGCCGCCAGCUUCAACCGCCAGCACAACUGCAAGCACACAAUUUGUUGCGCCUCAGCCAAUCUCUGCUUCGCAGGGCGCCAACAUCAACGGCCUGGUUGGAUUCACUUCGGCAACCCCCACCCCCUCGUCCAGCGGGCUUACCUCUCCAAUGCAGGCUCCGAUUCAGCAGUCCAAGCCAUCAGGCUACCAAGCUGCCACUCCCAACUACUUCACUUCCGUCUCCCUGAACCCUCAAGCCAGCUCUUCUCAUGCUGCAUCUCCAUCUCUGUCCUCUGUGACGUCAUCUACGGCAAAGACCGCCGCGCCGGCAGCAAAGAAGCCCUCCGGUGACGCCUUUGGCUCGCUAUGGUCCACCGCCAGUGCCAGCGCCGGUAUCCAAAAGACCAACACAGGUGCAAACAAGGGUCCCAAUCUCAACAGCAUGGCCAAGGAAAAGGCUAGCGCCGGUAUCUGGGGCGCGCCCGCUGCCAACACGAGCCAGACCCAGCAGCAGAAGCCUUCCGGCUCGGCUUUUGAUGAUUUGCUUGGUUGA